AUGGAAAGACCCAAGGCUGCAGUGACCCUGACUCCUGCCAGUAGAGACGUAUUCAGAGGAGACUCUGUUACCCUCAGAUGUGACAUACCAGAAGGAAGAAUCACUGACUGGGACUACAGCUGGUAUUUCAACAGAAACCCAAUCUCUCCUGUAGCCUCCAGUCAGGAGCACAGCAUCAGUUCUGCUGAAUAUCACCACUCUGGUGGCUACACCUGCAGAGGGGUACAGAGACGCACCACUCAGAGUUCAGACAUCAGUGAUUUGGUCACUUUAACUGUGUCAGAGCGACCCAAAGCUGUUGUGUUCCUGAGCCCCAGCUGGUCUCCAGUAUUCAGUGGAGAGAGCGUCACUCUCACCUGCAGCAUACAGGGAGAGUCCCCAUCAGACUGGAGACACAGCUGGUACAGAGGAGGGCAGCAGGUUCACCCACAGAGAGGCUGGAGUGACAGUAGUGAAUACAGACUGCAGUCUGUGCAGGAGGCCCACAGGGGGGUCUACAGCUGCCGAGGAAGCAGAAGAAGAGAUGAGAGGGUGUCUUCAAAGAGUGAUGAUCUAACUCUUACUGUUUCAAAGAGACCCAAGGCUGCAGUGACCCUGACUCCUGUCAGCACAGAAGUAUUCAGAGGAGACUCUGUUACCCUCAGAUGUGAGAUACCAGAGGGGGGAAACACUGACUGGGACUACAGUUGGUAUUUCGACAGAAACCCAAACUCUCCUGUAGUCACUGCUCAGCAGUACAGCAUCAGCUUUGCUGCUGAUCACCACUCUGGUGACUACACCUGCAGAGGGACACAGAGAGCCACCACUCAGAGUUCAGAGAACAGUAAUGUGGUCAAACUGACAGUGACAGCCCGGCCUGCAGCUACACUGACUAUGACUCCACAGAGUCCUGUAUUCACUGGAGAGUCAGUCACCCUGAGUUGUGACAUAAAGUCUUACAGUGGCUGGACAUAUAAGUGGUUUAGAGACAAGAGUAACAAUGUUGUGUCUACUGGAAGCACAUUUACUCUAAAAGAAGUUAGUGAGUCUCAUUGUGGUGAAUACUGGUGUCAAGGAGAGAGGAGAGAAAGACCAACCUCAUCACAAAGUAGCAGCAAAACAACGAUUGAAGUCAAAGCACCAAAGCCCAAACUCACAUUAAGUCCAGGCCACCAGCUCAGCACAGGAGAGUCAGUGACUCUGAGAUGUGAGUUGGGUGUUCCCUCUGGUUUUGUGUUCUACUGGUACAGACACACACAUAUCUCUGAUCCUGUGGCCCAGACUGAUGGAAACUCCUACAAUAUCAGCUCUGGUAAAGUCUCUGAUGGAGGACAGUACUGGUGCAGAGCUGGGAGAGGAGACCCUAUACUCAUCUAUACUCAAUAUAGUGAUGUGGCUGAGAUAAAGUUUACAGGUUAG